AUGGGUGAUGCUGUGGCCAGGGCCCUUUCGAAGCAGCAGAAGACGCUGAAGCGUAUGGGCUUUGACCCUGCCCGUCCCGGGGAUGGGGUCAUACGGAACAAGCUCGGUAUGCCAGUGAUGGAGAAGGGCAUGCGGGUAGCCUUUCCUGGUAUACGUCUCCUCAACCCCAUCCUUAACAUAGUAGCAUUCGCUCGAGGGGAGCGGUCGGAAGGCCCCCUCGACCUUAGGCAAAUGCGUAGUGGUAGCAAAAUGCUCUGGAGAUAUAUGGCCUUAAGGAGAUCUCUGAAUAGGGCUACUGAGGAGAAGGAGUUGAAGCAGAGGUACUUAGCCUUUAUGCGGCACGUCGAGAAGGCCCAGGCAGUAUCCAAUCCGGCUAUCUCUGGGAAACUGUUCCGAGCCGGUAGGUUGGGCAAGGAGGAGCUCGGUCACUUCAGUGGUACACGCUUGUUGGAGUUGCUCUUGGCGGAGAAGUCCAAAGGGCAUGCAAGGAAGCUGUUGAAGGCGAUGGCUAAGGGCCAUAAGGUGGUAUAUAAGAAAAUGAAGGGGGAGAGGAACUAUUUCAAGAAGAAAGAUCUCAUGGGCCUCACUGAGGAUGCGAUGCGGCAUUUCUAUGAGAACGAGGCUUACGACAAGAGCAUACUGGCCGUAUUGCAGUCUCGGAAGAGGGUCGCGGAAUCCCUUGGGUUUGCCAGCUGGGGGGAGAUGGAGAAUGCCCAGUUGGGCAUACACAACGAUGCUCAUUUGAUGCGGGUAUUACAACACUGUUGGAACGACAGUCUACCUCUCCUGGUCCCCUUCGUAAAGCGAUUAGAGCAGCUGAAGUUGGGCGCAAUGGCUGGUCGUGUUACACCGGAGUCUAAAGGGCCUCUAACAACCAAUGUGGACAUCAUUGACGAGCUCUUCUACGUCACUAUGUGUAGGCAAGAUAGGCUGCAAAGGCAGUUGGCAGAGUACAUGGUAUUUGGACCGGCGUUGAAGCGCUACAGCGAGCUGGCCUCUAGGCUCUUCAAUGUCAACCUCAUUGACGAGAGUGAUAAUGUGUCCUUUGGUCAUGAGGGUUGGGAUAGGGAUGUGAAGAUUAUGCACGUGGUGAACGCUGGCACCAAUGCACAUAUAGGAUAUUGGUAUGUCCGAGUGUUUGCUCGUAGUAAGAAGUACAAAACGGGUCUGGCCAACACAGUGCCUCUCUGUGAUGGUCAUGUAUUCACUGAGCUCAACUUCGUCCGCCCGCAGGUUAACGUAGUGAGGAAGCUGUAUUAUGAGGAGGUCCUAUCAUUCGGUCACCAGAUGGGGACAGCCAUGCAUAUGCUAUUUGGGCAAUCAAAGACGGCACAUCUCCCAUUGGACGCCAAGGCCCUAGCGGGCUCCUUAGCCGAGCUGGCUGCCUUAGAUUCUGAUGUGAUACGCUAUAUGGCUCGAGACGGUGGACGAGUGCCCAGUGAGCACGAGAUCCGCUCUGUCCGACGAGAUGUGUACUUCUACGUGUGGGCACUCCGGGAAAUAGCAGUUAUAUGUGUGCUACACUCUGGCGAGUUCGAUCCCGACACGGCCACUGUGGAGGACCUUCGUAACAAGGCGACGGAGGUUGCUAGAGCGUAG